AUGCCGCCCCCACUACGCGGUACACGCGUCCUUGAUCUCACAAGGGUCCUUGCCGGGCCCACUGCGACCAUGCUACUCGCCGAUCUUGGAGCAGACGUCAUCAAGGUCGAGGAAGUCACUCGUGGCGAUGAUACCCGGUCGUGGAACCCACCAUCUGCUCCUCUUUCUCCAGACGCCCCGACCGAGUCUUCUCAUUUACCGCCAGAGUCUGCUUAUUUCCUCGCCGCUAACAGGAACAAGCGUUCCAUCACUGUCAACUUUAAGGCUCCGGAAGGCCUCGACAUUAUACGCAAACUUAUCGCGCAGUCGGAUGUACUUGUUGAAAACUACAUCCCAGGAAAACUGUCUUCCAUGGGGCUUGGAUACGAGGAUUGCAAGAAGAUAAAUGAGAGACUCAUUUAUACCUCGAUCACUGGAUACGGCCAGACUGGUCCAUAUAGAGAGGCUGCUGGGUACGACGUGGUCAUCGAAGGAGAGGCGGGUCUUAUGCACAUCACCGGCGAACCUGAUCGUGCGCCUUCCAAGGUUGGCGUUGCAGUGACUGAUAUUGCGACGGGCCUCUAUGCGCACGGGGCUAUCAUGGCUGCGCUGCUUUCUCGCCAGCAGACGGGUCGUGGCGUCUGGAUCGAUUGUAGCCUGUUCGAUUCACAGGUUGCCGGAUUGGCAAACAUUGCAUCGAAUUACCUUGUUGCCGGCCAAGAGGCCGGAAGGCAUGGGACAUCUCAUCCAUCCAUCGUGCCCUACCAAGUAUUUUCCUGCAAGGACGGAUACAUCAUGAUAGGUGCUGGAAAUGACCGCCAGUUUGGAAAGCUCGCCGACAGGGUCUUCAACCAGCCAGAAUUGAGCACUGACCCUCGGUUUGUUAACAAUGCUGCGCGAGUUGCUAAUCGUGAUGCUCUCGUCGCUAUCAUUACGGACAAUCUCAUGAAAGAGACAAGAGAACACUGGUUAACGAAGUUUAUCGGGCUUGGGGUCGGCAGGAUACCUUUUGGUCCUAUCAAUAAUAUCAAGCAGACAUUUGAGCAUCCCCAAGGUAAGGCCCGCAAUGUGGUAGUGGAAAUAGAACAUCCACGGGCCGGUAAAAUCAGCUUGGUAGCACCGGCGGUAAUGUAUAAUGGUAAAAGAAUGCCUGUACAAAGGCCUCCUCCAUGGCUUUCACAGCAUACUAGUGAGGUUCUUGUAGAGCUUGGUUAUAGUCAGAAAGAUAUUGCCAAGUUAAGAGAAAAAAGAGUAGUCUAA